CUGAGUGUGAAGUCGACUCACCUGUGAGGCAUCUUCCAUGGAACUCUGGAGAAGAUCAUCCUAAAAGUGUCACCCUGGAAAUGAUACUCCUAAUCCCAGAACAGUGCUGCUUCUUGUCUGCCUUCUGAAGGAAAGAGGAGCUGGCCAAUGUUGGCAAACAGCAGUAGUGGAGGUCCCAAUUGCACUGACUGCAGCCAGGAUUUUGCUGCGGACAUCAGCAAGGUGCUCCUCAUGGUGGUCUUGAUCGUGGGCAUCAUUCUUGGAAACUUGUUGAGCCUCUUGGUUUUUCUCCACAUCAAGCAAUUCAGGACUUCCCAAGGUUACCUGAGGGCCUCUUUGUCCCUGGCUGACUUGGCGGUGGGGCUCAUAGUCGUGCCUUAUUCCAUUUACAGGGAGGUGAGUAGGUUGUCCUCUGGGAUGAAGCAAAAAAGCAACCAGUCUGAACAGCUGGCCUGCUUCAUCACUGGCCCCAUCUUUGCAGGCUGCACUUUUGUCUCCAUCAUCACCAUCUUUUUGCUUUCAGUGGAGAGAACCAUAGCAGUGUUGAAGCCCUUGCAGAGGAAAGCAGUGAUCACCAAGCGCAGGACCAUUUGGUUCAUUGCUGCCUCUUGGGCCAUCGGUAUCUGCUUGGCAGUGCUACCUCUCAUUUCCACCCCUGAUAUCACCUUCCAGUACAACUCCUGCAGCAAGAUGUGCAACUAUUUCUUUCCUCCUGACAAGCUACCUCAAUCCCAUUGGAAUAUCAUGUUGCUGUACCCAGUCUUUGACUUCUCCCUUUUGACUGGCACCUUUGCUGUCAAUGCAGUCACCUUUAUUGCCCUCCACCAAUACUCCAAGAUACGGAAGCAACUAGGCGGGGAGCCGCAGAGUGGCAACCAACUCUCCUUCUCAGACAUCACAGCUGCCAAGACCAUCGGCCUCCUGACCAUUGCCUACUACAUUUCUUUCUUGCCUGUUGCUGUAUUUGUGGUAGGGUCUGUGGUGGGCUAUCCGUGGUGCCAGUUUUCCUUUUAUGCAUUCUGGAUCCUCACUUCUAAUAGCUGUUGGAACGUGGCCAUCUACAGUGUUUGGGACCCCAAGUUCCGGCGUGGGGUUCGAGAGCUGUUCAGCAAGCAGGUGCUGUUAUCUGCCUCCCAGCCACCCAGCCACUCCUUGGAAAGGCACAGUUCUGCCCCUCCCUGCGUUGCUGUCCUGAAAGAGAUGUUCGGCCCAGAGAGAAUUUCAUGACCCUUUGUGAUUUCAUCUAUUUUGUUUAGUAGUUGCUGCUGUGUUGGUGCUCUACAGCAAUCUGGUUGUUUAAGUGAACAUUCUAUGUUUGUAAAUAGUUGUCCUCAUAUUCCAACAUUGCACCUUUGUGGAGGAGUUUCUUUCCAAAAUACUCCUUUCAAUUGCCAGAAUUUUUCUUGCAGCUGCUACAUUGUGACCUCUUGAGCUUUAGAAAAACCCUAGUGACGAUACAAAUUUGUACAUAAGAGCAGAACCAAAAGUAUUUCUUCUCUGUACAACUUGUUAGAUAGUUUAAGUCCAGUGUGUUGUUGAAGACUUUCAUGGUCGGAAUCACUGGUUGCUGUGAGUUUUCCAGGCUGUAUGGCCAUGUUCCAGAAGCAUUCUCUCCUGACAUUUCACCCACAUCUAUGGCAGGCAUCCUCAGAGGUGGUAAGGUCUGUUGGAAACUAGGCAAGUGAGGUUUAUGUAUCUGUGGAAUGUCCAAGGUGGCAGAAAGAACUCUUGUCUGUUGGAGGCAAAUGUGAAUGUUUUCUGCUGAUUCGAUGCCCAAACAUCACAUUAAAAAAACAAAUCUCAAGUAUAGUUAGUUCUAGUCACAAAACUAUAGGUUAUGUGACAUGACUAUGCAUCAAUUUCCCCUUGCAUAUACAUGAUUGU